CAUCCCAAUCAGUCACCUGCGUGGACCGUGCAAGCUUUGUGGCUCAUUUGACCGUUGCGUUGACAACGGGAGGGAGCCGCGACCACCGGGUGUACACGAGGAACAGAAGGUAGGCUCGCGAUGGCGGCGCGCAGGACGUGUGACAAGGCGGCGCCGUGGACAGGACGCAAUUUAUCUGCGGACGUCAGAUGCAAGACGUGCUGACGGCAAGUGGGCACGCGACGCGCGUGCAUUGGACGAGGGAAGGGCGGGUUGGUUACAAAACUACACAGCAGCAAACACCGCUCCCCCCAUUGUCACCUCACGAGACGAGGAGGAGCAUACAAGGUCUGUACACCUUCUCCAAGUCACAGCGCCCACUGCAUCAGUUCUCUUCUGGUGAGUAGGAGUAUUUUAUACACACAGUGACAUAACAAUCUAUCAUGCAACGGUGCAAGGCUUUCUGCAACUUUCCUCAACGACAGUCAAAUCAACUCCUCUCCAGUUCCUGUCUACUUGUGUUUCAUCUUUAAAGAAACAGUUGCUGCUUCUUGCCUGGUUCAGUCUCUGGGAAAUAAUUAGAAGAAGACAGUCACGUGUCUUUGGCACACCCAUCCUGCUACUGCCACCUAAAAUACGAAAAAUCUACUUUCUUGUGGUUGAAGUGCGGACACUCGCUCAGGACAAAGCCAGUGCACCCUGGUUGUCUUUCACUGGACGGGGAGAUAACCCUAAAUAUUUAAACGGACGAGAGUCUCGCCUAAAUUAAAGAUGGCGAUCAGGAAGACGAGCCCAGCCACGUGUCAUCUUCUGAAAGCUUUCUGUCUUUUCGUCCUCGCCAACUUCGCGGGCUCGGCGCCUGUGGAGGCGGGUGUAGGCUUUUCCUCCGGAUGCGCCCGGGAUCCGUGCAAAAUGAUAGCGGGUGUGUGCGGGGGAAAGCUGUGUAUCAAUACUGCUAACUGCGGCUUCCGGUGCGGAGACGGCGGUGCAGGGAGCACCAACGCUGCGGUCAUUCGGGAGAAGCACUUCCAGGUCAACCCCGUGGAAAGCCUCGAUGUUAGCCUCUUCGGCGCCGACUCUCUUUCGGCGGACGACCACCACGAAACACCAACGACGGCGACGACGACCACACCGCGGAUUGCAAAAGCAGAUUCGCAUCAGACAACUUUGUCUGUCAACGGCUCGACUUCGGUGCCUCCGCCAUCGGGACGACUCUGGCACAGGGAUAAUGUGGUCACGACCACGCCGAGCGGCGGUCGGAACUCGGAGCUAAGCGGGACAACGUCUUUCUUGCCGCCAGCUUCAGGUGCACCCGUGUCCACCAUUGGUACCGAUUCCUCAGAGGUGGUUUUGCCGCAACAGGAGCACCCAGGGCUGUCCACCUUAGGUGUACUUUUCAAAGACGUGGGCUUAGCCUUGACCACAAGCAGCCCCACGGAGAACCUCAGGGUUUCGACGGACAUUAGUAAUAACGUGAAUACUACCCACGCACCCUCAGCAUCCGGUGACGUCAGCCAGUCAGCCAGUCUGUCUUCGGGCACCAAACUGGCUGCUGAAAGUUCCAACACCAUGGCAAAGCCCGUCACUCCCAGGCAGGUGGCUGACGCAACUCCGCCAUCGACCACCAAAGCGUCUGUGAACGGCGUUUCCGCACGUUUGGGAGAUGACGUCAGAGAGAGAAACGCCACCGUCAUAACCGAUGUCCCUAGAGGUGCACCACGUGACGUUAGCCAGGUACAAGCGCAGACAGGUGCAGCGGAAGCGCCCGUCUUGCCAACAUCUAGCGCAUCUGGGUCAAACAUCACCGGCAAGGAGAUGGGUCUGGCCGACAUCACAUCCCGCCUCAUCGAUAUCAUCGGCAAGAUUCAAGAACUGUAUGGCCGUUCCAACGAAUCCGCUGCAUCGAAAGGUUCAGCUGCCAGAGAAUCACCUUCAGACUCCAAAGCGCAGCAUGGUACUUCCGGUGCAGGCGCGUCAGCAGGGGAGGUCACUUCCGCUGACAAACUCUCCGUGGGGUCCGUGACUGCUCCUCCAGCUGCUACAACCUCUGCUACUAACAGCUCCAUCAAGACGGAAACUACCACCGAGGCGACAACGGAAGCGAGCUUCCCAUCUCUGAUGGACACGUUCCAGACGCUGACGAAAGGAUCGUCAAACGGAGCGCUCACCCGGAUAGUCAGCCGGGUGCAUUAUGUCGACGAAGGCUUUGGAAUGGUCGCUCCAUAAGCCUCGCACCACUCAGCCAUUAGACAUUCUGACAUUCACUGCAGAGAAAAUCUGAUUACAACAUGUAUCACCAUGAAGCAUUGACUCUUUUUUAUAUUAAUUUCAUGUUUGGAUUAGAAUUAUCAAUUCCUUUCUUUUUUUCCGUUCGUAUCAAAUUUUGAAUCCCUUUACCUCCUUAUUUAUGUUUAUCAUAAAAAAGAUGUUCGAUAAUAACUACAAGGUGUCCAAGAGAGCAAAGACAGAAGACCAAAAAGUAAAAUAAAAAACAAAAAAAAAACAAAACAAAACAAAACAAAACAAAACAAAAAACCUUUCGAGGCGAUGACAACGACUGUUUAUGUUAAAUAUUGGAGUGAAAGAAUAGUUGAUAAACAUUUUGCGAUUCUUACAGCUAUGUACACACUGCCGACCUGACAGACAUAAACAGACAUUGCAAUGUCAGUUACUAGAGCUCUGUAACUCCGUGUAAUUAUGUUGUGGGGUCAUGGUAAUCAAGGUAUGUUUACUUGUGUAUGUGUAUGGCCCGUUGACAAACAAACAGAACGAAAGGUGUUUGUAGUGUUGGAGUCGGUGAAGUGUGUACAAACAGAAAGGUGCAAUUCCUGUCACAUUCUUCACGGUGUGUCUUCUCUCCUGCUUCAUGUAUGUAUCAUAGUUUGAAUAUUCAGCAUACAGAACUUGUCUUACCGGCUUGUUCUACAUGUGUGAAAUAAACCGGACGUAAACCUACCUUUUAAACGAAGUCUUAAAUGUUACACGGGACCCGAGAGAAAACAAUUAGCAGUUAGCUAAUUGUCCCAGUUGUCCAUCGAGGGCCAGAUAACAUUUCAUUUACACAAUGAGUGAAGUGAAUUCCUCUUAGGGCAUUUUUUCAUCUCCUCUGCGAAAUUUUCACUGGAUGGAAACAUUUUCCUAAAAAUAAAACAUAAAAUUCAUGUCUUGCUGGGUCCGAUGUAAUAAUGACCAGAAAUGAUUACUUGCGAUGGAGAAGGACUGUUCUACGUCUGUUGUUGUUGUUGAUGAUGUUGAUGAUGACAACGAUGACGAUGAUGACGACGACGAUGAUGAUAGAUCAUAAAAGGAUCUGUGACACGGAAUACAAGUGUUUAUAGAGACUAAGAUUGACAUUUUGUUGGCGUUGUUGUUUUCUCGUAGUCCCAUGUUUACUGCAUGUCUGCGUGGACUGGAUUCGCGUUUAUGUCAGAGUUACUAAAUUUAAGAUCGAUUAACACUUAAUUUAAUCAAUUACAACAGAUUUACUGUAUUUUCAGUGAACGAAUCUCAGUCACUGGACACAUACAGACUGACUGUACUACUGGUGCUACGUUUGACAAAAUAUAGUGCCGGACACAGACCAGUUAGUCCAACGAUGACUUAUUUUUCGAAAGGAGAAAAAGUUGCAAUGAAAAUUCGAUUUAUAAGAAAAAAUAGCUACUUAUAGAUAUUUAUAUAAUUCUUUGCAUUUCACAUUAUUCUUUACCUUUUUGUAUAAAUUUAUAUUGUGUAAUGACAGAAUGUGUGUGUGUGUGGCUGUGUACGAACCUGAUCUGCAUGGACGUGUGCCCUGGUCGACAGUGAAAGUGAGCAUUCAUUGCAGAAGAUGAAUGAAAAUUACACUAGAUGUUGUCUAAAAGAAGAAUAUGAAAACUGUCGUGCAGCCUGGCCCUGAAAUACUUACUGUUAACAUGUAUAUAUAUGUAUAAAUAAAUUGUUUUGCCUGUUUGCUUGCGAUCAGAGAUGUGGGGUAUAAACAGAUAUGUCGUUUUUCGUUUACAUAAAUGAAACUGAUGAAUAGGUGGCGAGUGUUUUAAAAUCUUGCUCUGUGUUACAAAAUAAACCUCAAGUGUUAUGUCAUUUCACGCUAAGUAUGAGAACAAGCUUCCUGUAAGCCAGAGAUUCUCAACCUUUUCGCGACUGUACCCCAAAGUGUGAAAGUAUGUCCGCGGGUACCUCGAGCAAAGUACUUAUCUUCAUAAUGGGGUGUGUGUAUUUAUGUCGCUGUGUACCCCUACAUCACCCUGUCGUACCCCUCAGGGUACGCAUACCACCGGUUCAGAACCGCGGGUGUAAGCCACAGUUGGUUCAAACCGUCAGGUCACGUGUGCAUGUUCUAAUGCGCUGCUUGUGUCUAGUUCAUCAAUUAUCCUCAUUACAUGCAAUUGUCCAGUUUUGAAAUUGUUUUUUUUUAUUACUUCAAUAUUUCGUGAUGUGCUGGAAAUUAAUUAUUCGCGUUUGCAAUCGCUACUAACAGACUGCAUCCAUGUUUUACAGCUGUUUUGCAAAACACUUGUUUGUCCAAUUUAUUAUUUUGUUUCUCUCAUGUCUCUGUACGAGUAAUAAACACAGUUGUGUAUAA